UUUAGUCGAAUUAUGAUUUACCUGACCGGUUAAACUACAGGCGAGCUGUUGCUACUAGCAACCAAACUCUGGGUCACGUGUAACGCGCUGUUGUCAUGGAAACCGUAAACCACCAAGAGCGCAGAGAGUUGGCUGAGCUUCUCUCCAGCUUUCAGUUUUAACCUGGUCCAGACUCAGAGGCGAAGACAGAGAACAAUGUCGGAUGUGGGAUCUGAUGAGUUUGACGAUGAGGGCAGUAAACUCGGGGAAUAUGAAGGGGACAGAAAUGAAGCGGGAGAGAGACAUGGGGUCGGUAAAGCCGUUCUGCCAAACGGAGACGGCUAUCAGGGACACUAUGAGAACGGAAAAAGACACGGACAGGGAACAUAUCGCUUCAAGAAUGGAGCAAGAUAUGUGGGAGAUUAUUACCAGAACAUGAAACACGGACAAGGCACCUUCUACUACCCAGAUGGCUCUAAAUAUGAAGGGUCUUGGGUUGAGGACCUGAGACAGGGUCAUGGUGUCUACACUUACCCUAAUGGAGACACAUAUGAUGGAGAGUGGCUGCAUCAUAUGAGGCACGGCCUCGGCACUUACCACUACCGUGAAACUGGCUCAAAGUAUAAGGGCACGUGGGUGAAUGGCAACAUGGAGUCAGCUGGAGAGUACAUCCACUCCAACCACAGAUACAAGGGAAACUUUGCCAACAACAAUCCCUACAGCCGGGGGAAGUACGUGUUUGAUAUCAGUUGUGAGCAACAUGGUGAAUACCACCAGACAGAGCAGGACCGAGCUGAGGGUGAGUGGGGCGAGUUGGCCUCCACCGCAGUCCUCAAGUGGAUUCCCAAGUGUAUCACUGGCCUGACGCCAUGGACCCCAGACAAAGAGACUUCAGCAGGAGAAAAAGAAACAGCUUCAGCAGAAGAGGGGGGAGAGAGCUGACCUGGGUGAUCAGUCCUCCAACCAACAUCUUUCAGCCUUUGUUUAAAAAGUAAAAUAACAGAAAUACUUACGAUACUUAAAUAAAAUCUGUUCAGCCAGUGUA